GUACUUGGAGAUGUUGAGCUGGCUCCUUCCCCCCAUGUCCCUGCACACACACAGGGGCGGGUGGUGCGGGCGGGAGCGGGAGGCAGGGCUCAGCCCUGGCGGUGGCGGGGCUUCCCCCACUCCCUGCCUGCCCGCCACCGUGCCCGAGCCGCUCCUGCUGCUGGGCUGCUGCCUGCGGCCGCAGGACCCGGCCGAGCCGGGCCGAGGGGAGCGCGGGCGGCUGCUGGCAGCGGCCGAGAUGAUGGCGGAGGGCGGCGGCGGGCCGGCGCGGAGGAAGGCGCUGUCGCUGCUGGAGGCGGCCCGCUCCCGCUACGAGAGCUUGCAGAUCUCCGACGACGUCUUCGGGGAGUCGGGCCAGGACAGCAGCGGGAACCCCUUCUACAGCACCUCGGCUGACUCCCGCUCCGCCGCCUCUUCCCAGGACGAGGAGGACGACGAGGAGGACGAGGGGCGCCCGGAGGGACCAGGCCCGCGGGGCAGGGCGGCCCGGCGCCGCGCCCCCAGGGCGGCGGCCACCCCGGCGGAGCGGCGGCGGCAGCGACAGGUCGGCGGCGGCAGCAGUAGCGCCGUCCCGGGCGGCCCCGGCCCUAUGGAGGAGGAAGAGGAGGAGGAAGCGGAGAAGGGGGGCUGGACUCGGUCGCUGCGAGACGUCCCACCCCCUCACUUCAAGGAUGGCAGCGGUCCAACACGAAAAAUGCCUCUGACUGCCAGUGCCAUGGACUUUUUUCAACUUUUUGUCCCUGACAACGUACUAAAGAAUAUGGUGGUCCAAACCAACAUGUAUGCCAAGAAAUACCAGGAGAGGUUCGGUAGUGACGAUGCCUGGAUUGACGUCACCUUGACAGAAAUGAAGGCCUUCUUAGGCUACAUGAUAUCAACCAGCAUCCACCACUGUGAGUCUGUUCUCAGCAUCUGGAGCAGCGGCUUCUACAGCAACAAGAGCAUUGCACUUAUCAUGACACAAUCACGGUUUGAGAAGAUCCUGAAAUACUUCCACAUUGUGGCCUUCCGCUCGAGCCAGACAACGCAUGGCCUCUACAAAAUCCAGCCUUUUCUGGACUCUCUGCAGAAUGGCUUUGACUCUGCUUUCAGACCUUCGCAAGCCCAGGUACUACAUGAGCCCCUGAUUGACGAGGAUCCUGUUUUCAUUGCCACGUGCACAGAGAGGGAGCUGCGCAAGAGAAAAAAGAGGAAAUUCAGUCUCUGGGUUCGGCAGUGCUCAUCUACUGGUUUCAUCUGCCAGAUUUAUGUCCAUCUCAAAGAAGGCAGUGGUGCUGAUGGGCUAGAUGCUUUGAAGAACAAACCACAGCUCCACAGUAUGGUGGCCAAAAGCCUUUGUCAGAAUGCCUCUGGGAAGAACUACAUCAUCUUCACUGGCCCAAGCAUUACCAGCCUGAAUCUCUUUGAAGAAUUUGAGAAGCAAGAGAUUUACUGCUGUGGGUUGCUGAGCGCCAGGAAGAGUGACUGCACAGGCCUACCUCCAUCCAUGCUGAACAACCCUGAAACUCCCCAGUCCAGAGGACAGUACAGAAUAAGAAUGAAGGGAAACAUGUCCUUGAUCUGCUGGUACAAUAAAGGGCACUUCCGUUUUCUGACCAAUGCCUAUUCACCGGUUCAACAAGGAGUUAUAAUUAAGAGAAAAAGCGGAGAAAUUCCAUGCCCGUUGGCGGUUGAAGCCUUUGCUGCUCACCUUAGCUAUAUCUGCAAAUAUGAUGACAAAUACAGCAAGUAUUUCAUUUCUCACAAACCAAACAAGACCUGGCAACAAGUAUUCUGGUUUGCCAUCAGCAUCGCUAUAAACAAUGCCUACAUCCUCUACAAAAUGUCAGAGGCCUACCACGUGACAAGGUAUAGCCGCGCACAGUUUGGUGAAAGACUUGUAAAGGAGCUUCUGGGCUUGGAAGACACCUCACCCUCCCAUUGAUGUGUUGUUAAUGGUGGCGUAGGCAGGGGGUGGAAGGUAAGCGGAAGAAGAUACCACACCUGGAAUGGCAAAGCAAGGAACUCGUGACACCACCAGUGCUGUCCUUAUCCAAAAAUGCCAAGUGAUGCCACUAGAGAGGUGGAAACUUUGUUCCUAGUAGCAGCUGGAUGCAAACAUGUCCUGCAAAAAGUACCGCUGGAAAAGCUGACACAAAAUUACAUAUGUGAAUGCCCUGUAGGAAUCCGUACACCAGAAACAGACUUAAAUUAGUCAUCAACUCAAUACUAUUUGUUGAACAGGGUCAUCUUGUAAAGUUCCUCUUGGGCUAAGAGCUUGUCCUAAGCUGACACAGCUCAGCAGUCCUGGGCGGGCAUUACAGAAAACUCUAUACCUUCCUUGGAAUUUUUCAGUUCUGGGACAAGCAACGUUAGCCUGCGCCAUGAGCUGUGGUUGAGAGCGCCCGCCGUCCUGCAAGGCAUCGCUGCUGUCCUCCCGGUGUGCUAAACAAAGCAGUUCAGAUACACAAACGCUGAAGCAAGCGUAUUGACAAACAAAACCUUCACAGGCAGACAGCCAGGAACUGAGGACCAGUUAAGACUUUUUCUUUCUGUCUUUUUUUUUUUCCCCCUCUUUGUUUUUAUUAGUGUAAUGUAAGGCAAUUUGAUCCCAGUUAGAACACAGCAAAAUUAAGAGAAACCAAAUACAUUAGUGAAUUUAAAAUGGAAAUACAUUACGUUGAUUUUCUUUUUUAACCAGAAUGAAACAUUUUGUACACAAACAAUACUGUAAGUAUUAACAGUGAGUAAACCAGUAAGAAAUACUGCCUCACAUCUUAACUGCCACGGUCAGUGUACAGGUGAGAAAUCAGAGUAUAACAACUAUAUUUUUUCUUAAUUUCAAUUGUAUCUUAAAUGUUGCAUAAAAAUCUAAUGUAAUAGACUGUUAAGUUUUUAGGAACAACAAUUUCUUUCUUUUUCUUUUGUAACUGUCAAGACUUUUUUUGGUCCAUUUUAGAACUCCAUUUGGCACACAGUUGGCAGGAAAAAAAUAAGUGACUAAUAGCAGUGUGUUUCCCAUUAUCACUGCGGGGUGUUCUGUAGAAAUUCUUCUUGUUAGAAUUCAGGGCUUGUCACAGUAGUUGUAAUUAGGCAGAUUACAUGUUUAGCAAAAUAACAUAGCAUUGUGUUUUACAAAAGAAAGAAGUCCAGUUGCAACCAGACCUUAAACCUCACUAAAACAGAGCAAGCCCAAAGAAUUCUCCUGUUCUGGGUAACGUGAUAGAGGACAAGCAUCGUCAUAAGCUGGUGCCCAUGGCUAAACCACCACAUUUUGGUGCUGGUGGAACCUAAAGGCCCUGAAGCUUUGGAAAACGUUGCCGAGAGAGGGAGGUAUGACUGAAACAGGGGAGGAUUGAUACUGAGGUGAAAUACUACCCUGCCCUCUACACAACAUUGUUGAUUUCACUCCACAACUCAAACAGCAAAAAACCUCUGUAUUCUAAAGGUUAGCAGUGAUGGACACAAACAUAAUUGCAUUAACUUACAGGGCAGAAGCUAUGUAGCUUAGAGGACCAGCUCGUUUUAGGUCCCCAAGCCUGAAAAGUUUUACUGAAGAGUUACUCAAGAGGAAUGGAGCAAUUGAUUGACCAGUGUAAACCUCACCAGGUUAUAUGUAUCUAUCUGGCAAGAGACGAUAGAGGGUAACCAACAUGAAUUUGAGAACUCCCAGAUUUCAUCAUUAUGUGAUGUGCAAAUGCAUAGCAUAUAAAUCAUAACAGAGGAAGAAUCCAGCCUGGGCUAGUAAAUUACUGACUAGCCAAAAGAGCAUCCUUGCACUGACGUCCUUCUAUUUUCACCAAAGUCUUAUUGUUUUGGAGUAGACUUAGAGGCAGGUCUCACCUGGUUGCAGGGAGAGUAAGGAGAUGGCCAACUCCAUGGUGGUUCUGCUUGCAAUACAGCCUGGAGACUGUCCCGCACGUCCUGCUCUGCCUGCCGGCUGCAUGAUGUGCAGCAGUGGGUUUCCUAAGCAUCCCUCUUCACUUCUCAGUCCGCAAGGUCUCCACCCAGGAAAUGUGGAAGAAAAGACAAAACCUUGUGCAUUGAGGCCUCCUAGCCUCGAAAGGAAGGAGAGUUUGUACCACUCUAGUCCUUGGCAAUGCCAAGGAGCCCAAGGAUGAGUUCAAAAUGUCUUGGCCCUGCCGAGAACUGAGACCACCUCUCUUCAGACUCUGUGUGUGGUAGCUGGCUCUUGUCAGUCUUAUCAGUAUUCAAAGGGGGAGAGGAGCUAGCGUGAGGCAUGAAAAACAAAUGUUCAGCAAUAUAAGGCCACAGUUUCGUGUUUUGGUUUUUUUUUUUUUUUUUUUUUAGGGAAUUCCACAGAGGUACCUAAAAGCAAAUGGUGUUCUUAUCGCUCCCUGCUUCAGACAAUGCCAGCCUAUAUUGUAACAGGAAGAGUAGCUACAAGGUCAUUAUGUCCUGUAAAUUUACAUGGUAGUCAAAAUUGGGGCAGUAAGCAAAGGUCUGGCUGGAACUUUUCUGAUGGGACAGCUUGAAAGAACAGUAGCUGCUGGGAGCCCAGCUUCCUUGCACUCCCCUGCAAUGCCGGAGCAUUGCCAAGGUGCACGUGCCCCCAGCAGAGGUGGGCAGGUUUGCAGGACCUCCUUGGAGCCACUUGGCACUUCUGAGGAGUAAGCACAGCACUCUCCAGCUAUGGCGUAGCCCCCGAGAUAGAUGUGGAGCCUUUGGCCAAUUGCUACAUUGCUACGUAUGCUUAAAGGCUUGGAUCCAGGCCAUGCCUUUUCUUUUUUCAGGAGACAGUAGGUCGAAGGCCUUGGAAUGUUUAAUUGUCCACUAACUUAUGCUGUUAAUUAUGUGGAUUACUUGAGCUAAAAUCAUGAGGUCCUGCUUUUUGCCUCAGGGACUGGGUCCUGAGUAGUUUUCCCUAGAAUUGGUGUUGACGGGGGAUUACACAGUGGCUGACUAUUACAGGGAAGAUGCUUUAGUCUCCUUUGUAAAGGAGAAAACUGAAAACAAAAUUAUAGCUUUGCAAUGAAUUUAAUUUUCUUAGCCUUAACCAUCCCUCAUCAUUUUGAACUGGUGCCCUAAACAUGCACAAACAUUCCAUAAAUAAGCAAAAAUAUUUAUAUAUAUUUAUAUGUACAAAAUGCCUGAAUUUUGGCUCUCAAAGCCAACAAGCAAAAGCCACCAAAGCAUAGUCUGUAUCCACAAAUGACUAUUCCACCUCAUCUUCUCCAUGUAUUGACUGGGAGUGGAUAGGGCCGGGGAAAGUUAAGAUUUUCUCCUUGUUGAAAAGCAUCUUGCACUUUCUCUAUGUUACUACAAACAAGGCAAAGUAAAUAAGGAAGAAAUUGAAUCAUUUUUAAAAGGCAAAAGUUUGUUAACUGCAGCUCAGCUUCUGUAGCAUUUGCUUUACUGCAAACUGGCUUACUCAGAUUUGGUUCCUCACCUGCUUGUAACAUUAAAGCUUCUCCCUAGUUAAAGGGGGAAAAAGGGGGGGGAGGGGGUAGUCUCAAAGUAGUGCAAGGAUGCUAGUUAUAGUGUGUGUGUGUGUGUGUGUUAAUUGUGCGAUGGCUUGUGAAAUGAUAGCAAGGUUGGUUUUUUUGUAGCCUUGAGACAAUCUGGGUAAGAGAUCUUAAAGCUCAGCAGUAGCUGAAACGUCAACCAGGUCACAGAGGAACGUCUCUAAAUUUUUUGGGGGGGGGGGAGGGGGAAAGGUAGUUUGAAGCUGGAGUAGACGAGGGAGCAGCAAGGCUCAUUUCUCUGCUGCUGAAUUGAAUUUUCAUUCACACGUACUUCUGACAACUGGAAAUUACUUAUUUAUGGUGUGCAAACUUUGUUUCAAAGAACCGAGACCAUCAGUAAGACAUACUGACCACCUUCUAUGCACAGUACUUCUUUCAAGGUCUGUCAUGCCACGAUCCAUUCUUGGAAAGCGUUUCUUUUCCCGGUGUGUAAUAUAACACUCACCAGAGCUUAGAAGCCACUGUGAAAUGGUUUCUGCUGCUGCUGUCUGCGUUGAAAAAUGCUUCAAGGGCUUGCAGAAAUUCUGCCACUUUGUACUUCAGCCCAUUUGUGCACUUGACACUAGGGCACAAUUUAAAGAAAUCUCAUCUCCGUUUUCCAUUUCUAUUCUCUAGCCUCAACCCUUCUACAUUUACGAGGUAGUCCGAGAAUCCAAAUUUAUAGAAGUCUCAGUGUCCCUGAUGGGUACAACUUUGUUUUCUUCAGACAAUUCCUAGAGAAAAAUGAAUUUAGCUGUUUCCAGACUGACAUUAAGGACAGCAACUCAGAACAGCAUUCCCAUUCUUUACUUCCAGCUACACUACUGUGACUUUUUUUUUUCUUUUUUGGCCGAAGACUUUUUUUUCCUUCUAACAUUUAUUUAGUAGUCUUUCUUGAGGUGGUGAGUAGCGAAAGAAGCCUCUGAUAUCUCGGUCUUACAUGUCUUAGUCUCCCAGUCCUGGAGCUGAUUUUAGUGAUGAGUGGGGGAUUAUGCUGCAUUGAUAAUUCUGCCCAUCUGUGCUACUUCCCAUGCAAGGAUUGCAACCUCAGCACUCAUGAGACAUCAUUAGCUCCUCAAAUAGGAGCUUCCCCUUCCCUAAUCAGGCACCAAGGUACAGCACAGGUAAGGGACUGAUGAAAUUGUGAAGUGGAAUUCACGCUCCUGCUGCUUAAGUCCAUGUUCUGCAUUUUCAGUGACUUGGUUCCUGUUCAAAUGCACUUUUCCAAACUAGAAAUGAAAGCAUGCUGAACAUCAUUCCACCCUGAAGUAAGGGCACUGGGACUUCGUCAGCACAGGUUCCUUACUCCGUAUAGGCUGGUAUGAGUCAAAACCGAGUUGCACUGAAGGUAAGAGAAAACGGGAUAAAACACAGCGGCCCAGCCUGCCUAGAGGAGCUUAGAGGAGAUAAAUGGAGAAGCUGAAGCUCUGCUAUAGUCCAAUAAUCAAUGUGAAAUUCAGACAAAUAAUUACUAAGACUGACUUGAAAAACAUCACUGAGGCUUAGUUGGGAUAUGAAGUCUUCCAUCCAUCUCUGUUGUAGAGUUUGUUGCUAGGACUGAUGUAAGAUUAGUUGUUUGUAGAACAAGAGCUCAUCUCAGUCUGGUUGAGAAAAACGUUCAAUGGCAAAAGACUGUUAGCAACAUUUCACAAAGGCAAGGAAAACAUGAAUAUAUUUGGCCUGUCAUUAACUAGGAUAUUUUGCACCAACAGAUUACAUCAUCAUCUGCUUAAAUACAAGCCUAUCAUCUUCAGUGCUACUUGAUGUAUAUUCCUUCUUGGGACAGUUCUUCCCAAACCUAUCUUUGUUUCCAGAAGCAUUAGGAGCUGGAACAGCCCCCAUUAUCAUCAUCUCAUUCUUGAGGAACAGUUGAGACUAUCUGUGCUUUGUACAAAAAGGGUCUCUUCCUCUUCUUUUGAGACAUGGCUCUGUGUCUUCAGAAAUCUAGCCUUGGAGAAGUUUCCUGCCCUAUGCUUUCCUUUGCUUCCCUCAUUCCAUGGAUUUAGAGCACAUCCAAAUCAUCCCGCAGGUUCUUGGUCAGGCUGGAAGAGGUGACAACAGAGAGUUGGCCUUUCAGUUUAUUUUUGUAGUAUUACUUUGCUGAUCCUUUCUGCUAUUUUGCAAGUCUCAGAUGAAACAGGGUAUUGUUUCUGAAGCCUAUACUAAUUGCAAUCACUGUGAAGGUGUUGCCUGCUUUGCCCCAUUAGUGCUGCCCGUCAGGUUUGUAUGGACCCAAGACAGGUAUCAGCAUCACCACGCGCACUGCUCCCGUUGGAACGGCUGUAACAUUCCUCAGCUCUGGAUCGCUGUCAAAGAGCGGCCUUUGACAUGGUCUCAGAGUUUUUUGGUGUUUUGGCUUUUUUUCUUAAACCCCUUCUACUCCGAUGGGUCUGGUGACCAGCUGUUAGGUAUCACAAAAAAGGCCUUAAGUGGUAAAUCCCUUUUGUAUCACUCUUCUGAAGUAAUAACUGCUUGUAUUAGAUGUCAAGGUGGUCCACACAAUGUGUAGUGCAAAAAUCUUACCCAUGAAAACGUCACGCUGCAAAAGUGCUCAUGUGAUGUAAGUGCAACAACCUUUGAAUGCGUGGGGGACCUGGAUGAAGAACCUAGUGGGAAAGGAUGGUAACGCCGUCCUGUCGGGCCACAAUGUGCAGGACCUAAUUGGAUAAACAAACUGGGGAGAGGUGAGGGCAAUUUGGGACCCGAGCUCCUUGAAUAAACAGGCUUCAUAGUCAAGCCGGUCUCAUCAGUUUUACUAGGGACGGGAAGAGGCCAGGCCCGUAGAGUUUGCUCCCAGCCCUGGCACCUCUGUUUCUAGCAUAAAGAGCCUGGCAAAUGCUUUCACUCUUCAAGUAUUUACAGCGUGCUCUGGACUUGAAACUGAGCAUUUUGUCCUAUUUUCAGUAGUUGUUACCAAAAAAACCCCCAAAAACCUAGAAACCAGAAAGCAAAGCCCAGUACACUAGGUUCAUCUGUCCAAAACCCCAACCCACUUGGUGUCAAAGUGACUUUGUGGUCUUGUUCUCCAAUUAAUCUAUGUCAAGGUGUAUGCAAAACGUGACUGCUGAACAAUUCGUACCUCUUUACGAAACGGACUUACUCAUUUGAUGGAAAACAAAUUGCAGGUCUCUUGGACUUACUUUUGCAACCUGGAUUUUUCUUCUAGAUGUAAGGCAAAUCUUUGCCUGGCAUUUCGGUACUGAAAUUAAAAAUAACUUGACCGCAUGGUCUGGGGUGAGAUUAAAGGUAGCAAAACUCAGGUUUAUGCCUGAGAUUAAUCUGAUCCCAUAUAGGUGAGGCUAAUCACAUUCUGAUACAAGGAGGAGUUUAAGGGGAAGAGCAGGUUUGAGGCAGCAGAGGGAAGUUCAGAGGUUGGGCACGCAGAGGGAGAGGAGCCAGGCGCUCCCCUCUACCCCUCAGCUUUCCAGCAUGUGUACCCCUCCCCUGCUGCCUUUGCAUUAAAAGGAAAAGGCUGAUGUUUAACACAGCCAGUCUGCGCAGCUGCUUUGGCAAUGUCAGCCCUGCUUUGGCUACGCUGCUGGCCUCACUCCAUGCCUUUCCUUGUACUAAACACGUUCAGUAGUCGUCAACCCCGGAGUCAAAGCUCUGCUGCGCGUCAGCACAGCGUGGAAGCGACAGGCUGAGGAAGCGCCACAGUAGAAACAGGAACAAUGGGGAUUCUGGAAAAGGAAUCUCCCCCUCUACAUUUCCUUUUCAUUUAAUUUGCAAUGUGCGCAACUUUUUUACAUUCCAUCAAAUGCAGCGACGGUACCAAACGCAAGCCGGGCCUUAGCUGGCCGACCGCUUUCAAGAUGACUCCGUUGGGCUGUGCUCGCAACAUCAGCGACUGCAGUUCUGUUGCAAAGUUCCAUGUUCUUUCUAAUUCUGAAGAUUUCUGUUGAAAGUGUGAAUUCCAGACGUAAAGCAUACACUGCAAUUGCUUUUUAUUUUUCCCUUUUUUUUUUAGAAAAAAAAAAAAUAACAACUUCUCGGAGCAAUUUUGUAACAGCCAAGUCUUUCAGGAAAUGCAGGUGUGUGACCUCUUCCUGGUGAGAGACACACAACUGUGUUUCUGCAUGGGACAGGGAACUACUUUUGUGACACUGGUUUUGUUCUACACAAAGGCACGCUUGCAAUAAAUUUUUACAAGUUUUGUACACCAUGAGCUAAACUCUGAGUUCCAAAAAUGUGAAGUGUGGCAACAAUAACAAAAUGGAUUUAUAGUAUCACUCUGAUAUCUUGUCAUGUGAUUUUAUUUCAACAAAGUUUGUUUACAAUCAACAACUUUGAAAUACAGUCAGAUAUAUUACCG